CGACGAGGCCGGCCACUUGGCGGGCCAAGAUUCUCCCGCUUGAGCGUACAAAACGCCAUGAAACCGACGGUGCUACCCAGGUACAAGGAACCGACCAAGCAAAGAGCAACUGUCGUGCCUCUCCAGUCUCACAGGCAGCAGCAGAGUGUCGCUUACAAUGCUAAAGAUCUAGAGGACCAACAGACACAACAAACGGUGAGUAGUGACGGCUGAAUUCCGAGCGUGAUGUACACAGGCGCUGCAGGUUCAGUUGCUCCGGCCUUCUUUGAAUCGGAUUCAUGCAUGUCUCCAUGUCGCUGGCUUAUCCGCUUCUUCCACGAUGUUCCAGAUACUUCUACCAAGCAAGCAACAGAUCCUACUCGGAGUCUCGGACUGCUCUUUUCCACUUCACCUCUAUAUAAGCCGAUGUGCUAAGCGAAGAACACACUCUUUCUUGGUCAGAGAUUCAGUUGUCAAGAAGCUGCCACCUGAAACAACAAAGUAUUCCUCCCGACCUAAGAGCGUGAUGUGCGGAGGAAAGCUCCUCCCGAACGACCACGGCAAGGGCCGUCGUCCCGGCCAAGUCCUGCCGGCGGGGAAGAGGAAAAUGCGCGACAACAGGCCCGCCGAUGAGGAUACUCAUGACUGGGAGGCCGCCUUCCGGCAGUUCAUGGACGACGACGACGACGACGACGACAUUGAGCCGUUCUUGACAGGAGUCAUGGCGGAGUCCUGCAAGCAGGCGCACCGUUCGCCGCCUUCCGGGAGAAGUGGCAGCAAGAAGAAAAUGCGCGUCAGCAGGCUCGUGGAUGAGGACACUCGUGACUGGGAGGCCGCCUUCCGGGAGUUCAUGGACAAUGACGACGACGACAUUGAGCCGUUCUUUACAGGGGUCAUGGCGGAGUCCUGCAAGCUCGAGCACUGUUCGCCGGCCAUUGUGAGGCCGAAGCGGCGCAGGGCGAGCCCCAGCCACCCGUACCGCGGCAUCCGGCAGCGGGCGUGGGGGAGGUGGUCGGCGGAGAUACGCGACCCCACGAAGGGCGUCCGCGUCUGGAUUGGCACCUUCGACACCGCCGAGGACGCCGCGCGCGCCUACGACGCCGAGGCGCGGCGCAUCCACGGUAGGAAGGCUAGGAUCAAUUUUCCAGCCGGCACGGCGGCGCCGGCGUCGUACAGUGAUCAUCCCGGGCCGUCUCAUCGCAGCACCAUCGGCGGCAAGGGCAGCGUGGUCAGCGCGACGGAGAGCUUCUCCACGUGGUCGUCGUCGUCGUCCGAGGCCUCCAGUACCUCCCCGUCCGACGCGCGGAUUCUGUUGGAGUGCUGCUCGGACGACGUGAUGGAGAGCCUCCUCGCCGGCUCUUCCGACAGCAUGGACUUCUGGAGCUUCCUUCUCCCGAGUAACAACUACUAGCAUAGCAUGGAGUUAAUUAACAUGUACUGUAUCUAGAAAAAAAAAGGGACUAGCAUUCCCUAGAUGCAUAUGUUCAAAUCCUACGAAUUUUAAGGAACAGCAUUCGCUUUCAGUAAUACGAUGUGUGUACAGUAGAAUAAAUUCAGCAAGUUGUGCCACUUGUUCUU